AUGGCUGGCUGGUUUAGGCGGCUCCUGCACAGGCCCAAGCCCAGCUCGGUGGAGAGGAGCAGCUCUGCUUCAUCCUCGCCUUCCUCAUCCUCCGCUGAGAGCUCUGGCUCCUCUCCCAGCACAAGCCUAGUGAGAUCCAUCCGUCUGUCUCCUGUCUUGGCGCCGGACAUCAGUGCCUCCAGUAGCGCCCGCUGGGCCAAGAGCUACGACAUCUGCAUCUGCCACAGCGAGGUGGACCUGGAGCUGGUGGAGGAGCUGGUGUCCUACCUGGAGGGGCAGCCUGAAAGCUUCCGCUGCUUCCUCCAGCUGCGGGACGCCACGCCGGGGAGCGCGGUGAUGACGGAGCUGUGUGACGCUGUGCAGAACAGCCACUGCUGGGUCAUGCUCAUCACCCCCGGCUUCCUCCAGGACCCUUGGUGCAAGUACCAGAUGCACCAGGCGUUGGCUGAAGCUCCCAUGGCCAACGGGCGCACCAUCCCAGUGCUGAAGGGCGUGGAUCGGAAGGAUUAUCCCAGGGAGCUGCGGAACCUCUACUACAUCUCCAUGGCGCUGAAGGAGAACAGCUUCAGGCAGAUCAGGGACACCGUUGUGCGCUACCUGCAGGAGCUGUGCCGGAGCUCCCUGAGCAGCACGGAGUAG